AUGAGCCAUUGUUUGAGUAAAGAAAAGAUCCAAAGUGUUUUUGCACAAUUAAGAUCAGGUGACAGUAAUGAAGCUUCUUCUACUGUAAAGGAAGCCGACGAGAAUAUCAUCAGUGAACUCGAACAAAUAUUUCUCACCCCUCAGCAACACUUCCCUGAAACUUGGUUAAACAAAUGUCAACAACACUGGGAAGAAAACUUAGACUACACAUUAAACGCAUACACGCAGUUAUCUAAACCUCGAACCAGUAUUGAAGUGGUUCGUAAAGGUUUUGAUGGUGAUAUUAUAGGAUUAAGAGAAGUAAUUAUUGAUGAUCCCAACUCAACUUCAGCAAACUCAACUAGUCUAUCCAGAGCGUUUGGUUCAGCAAAAAACUUUGUUCGCGGUACAGCUUCUCAAUUUCCAUUUGCCCCAGGUGGAUUGGAAAACGAAGGUGUUAUUGUAGAUAAUCAGUCAGUGGAUGAUAGUGAAAAUGUUGUACUUGAUGCAGAUUUCUCUCUUUCUGCAUCUGAAGAUCUAUAUGUUGUACCCCCAGGAAUGGAUAGGGGAUUAGUAUUUGACGAUUAUGAGGAACGGAAGGAAGAAACAGCAGUAACGAACAAUCCGGUUUUUAAUAUUGAAGAAAUGAUGACAGCGAGUGAUAAUACUGCUUACGAUUUUUUGAGCGUUAAAAUCGCAGAGGAAACACCCAAUGCUUCAGGGACUGAAAAUGUUGGAAGCGAUAAAGGCACAGCGGCUAAAGACGAGGAAUUGGAUAGCCUAUUACCAACGGCUUUACCACCUCAAAAAGAGCUCACAUCCAAAAAAUUGACAAAAACAGCUAACGAAAAUAUCAAGCGGCGUGAAUGGGCUCACGAAAUUAACGUCAAUGAGCCUUUCGAUAAUUUCCAUGAUUUGGUAUCCGAGAUGGCCAUGCAGUUUCCCUUCGAGCUCGAUAUAUUCCAAAAACGUGCUAUUUAUCAUUUGGAAAUGGGAGACUCUGUUUUUAUUGCAGCACAUACAUCAGCCGGAAAAACUGUAGUUGCUGAUUACGCCAUUGCAUUAGCUACCAAACAUAUGACAAAGGCUAUUUACACCUCACCCAUAAAAGCGCUCAGUAAUCAAAAAUUCCGUGAUUUUAAACGUACUUUUGGAGAAGAUGUCGGUAUUUUAACAGGCGAUGUUCAAAUUAGACCUGAAGCGAGUUGCUUGGUAAUGACGACAGAAAUUCUGCGUAGCAUGCUUUAUAGAGGCGCUGAUUUGAUCCGUGAUGUUGAAUUUGUUAUUUUUGAUGAAGUUCAUUAUGUUAAUGAUUUGGAGAGAGGUGUUGUUUGGGAAGAAGUCAUCAUUAUGCUACCUGCACACGUCAAUAUUAUCCUCUUGUCUGCAACUGUACCGAAUACACACGAAUUUGCUGGUUGGGUUGGUCGUACCAAGAAGAAAGAUAUUUAUGUUAUCAGUACUCUGAAGAGACCCGUUCCUCUCGAACAUUAUAUAUACGCCAAUAAGGAUAUAUAUAAAAUUGUUGGAGCGAAUGAGAAUAAGCUGAGUAUGAUAAACUAUAACAAAGCCAAAGAUGCCAUGUUGAAGCGUAAAGAACAGAUCGAUAAAGCUAAAGGAUCUUCCCCGAACGUUCGUGGUGGUCGCGGAGGCAGAGGAGGUGUCGCUCGUGGUGGUCAGAAAAGUAUUACUCGUAGCUACCAGCAAUCAUUUCAAAGUGACCGCAAUCUCUUUGUCCAUUUGAUUGGUAUGCUGAAGACAAAGAACCUAUUACCUGUUGUAAUAUUUACAUUUUCUAAAAAACGUUGCGAAGAAUUCGCUACUGGCCUAUCCAAGACUGACCUCUGUUCAAGCUUGGAAAAGAGUGAAAUCCAUGUCUUUAUCGAACGCAGCUUGACCCGUCUUCGUGGGUCUGACAAACAACUACCUCAAAUUUUAAGAAUGCGUGAUCUUUUGAGCCGUGGUAUCGCUGUGCACCACGGUGGUUUAUUACCUAUCAUUAAAGAAAUGGUGGAAAUUUUGUUUGCUCGCGGUUUAGUCAAGGUUUUAUUUGCUACCGAAACCUUUGCUAUGGGUGUAAACAUGCCUGCACGUUGCGUUGUCUUUUCAGCCAUUCGUAAGCAUGAUGGUCGUAAUUUCCGGGAUUUGUUGCCUGGUGAAUAUACGCAAAUGUCGGGUCGUGCUGGCCGUCGUGGUUUAGACAGCACAGGGGUUGUUAUUAUCGCCACAGGGACUGAGGAACCACCUGAAGUUUCUUGUUUGUCUACCAUGAUUCUUGGAAAGCCCACCAAAUUGGAAUCUCAGUUUAGACUCACCUACAAUAUGAUUCUGAAUCUGCUUCGUGUAGAAGCAUUAAAAGUAGAAGAGAUGAUCAAGCGUAGUUUUUCUGAAAACAGUGCUCAGAAGCUUUUACCAGAAACGAAACGGUUAGUAGAUGAAAACGAACAGAAACGCAGUGCUCUCCGUCAAUUAGAUUGCUCAAUCUGUGAAGUCGAUAUUGAUAAAUUCUACGAUGUAUGUGCAGAGAUAUUGCAUAUUAAUCGAGCUAUGAUGACUCAUUAUAUAAGUGUGACACCAGUUGGUAAUCGUAUAUUGUCUACCGGCCGUUUCAUCGUGAUCAACACGAAUAUCUACAGAAAUGCGCCUGCAGUGAUUUUGCGACCUUUGCCAGUUACUUCUUCCAAUUCACAGCAUAGAUCUUUUUAUUGCUUGGUAUUGUUGCCAAAAGAGUUGGAUAUAAAUAGCUCAGCUAACCUGGAUGAGUCAACACCUUUACCAUUAACUACCGUUUGUAGUCCUGGCAGUGGGGAAGGCAAAACAGAAAUUGUUACCAUUGGUGCUCCCGAUAUAUUAUUUGUUAGUCGCUUAACUAUAAAAAUUGAUGCCGAUCCCAUUAUAGCCGGUACUGCUGAAUCAAUUGAAAUUAUACGUAUACAACAAGAAUUGGAAAAGUUUGGAUCAGAAGCCAAACAUAGCGGGAUAGUACCUGAAUACGACUGGAACAAAAUUAAGGAUAUCGAAUUUCAGGAAAUGCUGCGUUCCAAAACGAGGCUUUUAAAGCAACUUAUAGGGGAAUUCCAAUGUACUAAAUGUCCAGAGUUGGAUGAACAUUAUAGCCUAAUUCAUGCCCAUAAAAAGCUAUCCAGCCAAAUUGAAAUGCUGAAAAUGACCAUUUCCGAUCAAAACCUUGAGCUUCUUCCCGAUUAUCAUCAACGAGUAGAAGUGCUGCGCCAAUUGAACUAUAUCGAUAACCAAGGAACCGUACAACUGAAAGGGCGGGUUGCUUGUGAGAUCAACUCAGCGGAUGAACUUUUAUUAACAGAAUUGAUAUUAGAUAACGUGUUUGUGGACUAUGAACCGGCAGAGCUUGUUGCUAUACUCUCUUGCUUCGUGUUUCAAGAACGCAAUGCUAGUGAGCCUCGUCUCACCCCUAAAUUGAUGAAGGCCAAGGAAACAGUUCUGGCCUAUGCAAAAAAGAUCGCAGAGCUGCAAGUAGAAUGUGGCCUUCCUAUUUCUGUGGAAGACUAUGUCAGUAGUUUCAAAUUUGACUUGGUUGAAGUAGUAUAUGAAUGGGCCAGAGGUUUGUCAUUUAAACAUAUCACGGAUUUGACCGAUGUGCUGGAAGGCUCCAUUGUCCGUUGUAUAAGUCGGUUGGAUGAAACAUGCCGUGAGGUAAUGGGUGCAGCUCGUAUGGUUGGCGACACUAGUCUUUAUAAAAAGGUGGAACAGGCAGAGCAAGACAUUAAGCGUGAUAUUGUCUUCGCUGCAAGUUUGUAUUUUUAA